AGCGCCAUAAGAUACCUCUGCAUUUCCUAAGAAAAAUGCCUUGCUAUAGCUGUGAGCUAAAGAAUCUGGUUUAUUUAGAACGUUGAUAAGAAAUAAUUGGAUUGUUCUCUUUAGCUAUUAGAAAAAUGACGAAAGCUCUGGCGCAUAUAUUUUGCAUUUUUGCUAAAAGAAAUUCAAGUUAAACAAAGUUAUAUACGUUUAGUAAAGCCUCGGAUCUUCCACAGAGACGUAUGUGGUAUCAGAGUAACUGUUCGUUGAUAGAGUUAAGUGUGUCUUUAGUUUACUGGAUCGCUGCUUUUCAGUAAGAAAUAUUUGAUCUAAAUUGAUAUUAUUAGCUGGUUUUAAUUAACUUUGCUUUAUGUUAUUAGAUCAUAAAGUGGAAAGUAUGGCAACAUGAUAUUGACGUAUGAGAACCAUACUUUUGUUUUGAACUUUCACGGUGAGUGUGUACAAGACCGUGACAGUUGACUUUUGGGUUUUUGUCUCAUAGUUAACUUUCCUUUGUCGCUUUCGUUUUGUCGGUAUUUCAUCUUCAUUAUUCAUACUCGGUAUAUUAUCUGGAUUAGCAGAGGAAUUAUUCAUUGCAAAUAAUAUGUAUUAUGUAAUAUUUAAAUAUCUUAUUUUUUCUGUUAGCUUCGUUGAUAAUCCAUAUCGUACCAUGUUCUACGUUAGUAUUUAGAAAACUUGGGCGUUUUUAUUUCACUAUUGUUAUAUCAGAGAAACAUGACAACAAUGACGUUGCUCUGUGUGAUAAUCAUGGUUGUGAUCGUUACGGCGUUAGGCGCUUCUGAAAUCGAGAACAUUGUAAUGUUCGCUAAAGCCCAACCUAAAGUAGCCGCAACUUUCCGACAAAAAGCUUUAGCAGCUGCGGGGGGUACUCAUCGCACCAUACGGUUAUUGGUUUUAGCUCCAGAAGAUCCGACUCUUCCGUAUUGUCUGAGUAAAGUAUUAACUGGAGUAGCGUACGCUGUUCGCAAGUUGGAAGCACAAGGUGCUCAGGGUCCUCUCGGAGGACGUUCACUAGAGGUUUAUAGAAAAAAUACACAAUGCUCUUCAAAACAUGGUCCUCUAGCUGCAAUUGAUUCUUACAUCUCUGGUGAAGUGGACGUUUUUCUCGGUCCACUCUGUCCGUACGUACUUGCACCAUUGGCUCGUUACUCCGUUGCUUGGAAUAUACCUCUACUAACUGCUGGUGGACAGAAUGAAAUAUUUGACAAGAAAAAGCCUUAUUAUAACCUCCUGACCAGGAUGAACGGUUCAUACACUCAAAUUGGCCACAUCUUUCGAAAGAUAUUGAGUAGGUUUCACUGGUAUGUAAUGGCACUGCUUUUCCACAAUUUUGACGAUAAGAGUAAGGGCAACUCGAACUGUUUCUUUACUCUCGGUGCCGUUUACACUGAGUUGGAAAAAAAGGCACACUAUAAGAGCUUUGACGAAACCAGUCCGAAAACAAACUAUACAAGCAUCCUUAUACAUGUGGCUAAACACGCGAGAGUGAUCGUGAUGUGCGCCUCUCCCGAUACCGUUAGAGAGAUCUUAUUAGCAGCGGAACAGCUAAAUAUGGUGGACAGCGGCGAGUACGUCUUCUUCAGCAUAGAACUUUUCAUAAGUAAAAAAGAAAGUGAAAUUCCGUGGCUUCGAAAAAAUGAUACUGAGGAGAGGAAUGUGCAAGCUCGAAAAGCCUAUGAAGCUCUGUUGAUAGUGACUGCAAGAAAGCCUGAAACUCCUGACUAUGCCGAGUUUUCUCAUACUGUCAAGAACACAGCAAAAACAAAUUUCGGGUUUGAUUACGGUGAAGAAGAGGUUAAUACCUUUGUUACGGCCUUUCACGAAGCUGUUCUUCUCUACGCCUUAGCCUUGAAUGAAACAUUAACGGAAGGUGGAAGUAUUACCAACGGUAGUGUUAUAACACAGAAAAUGUGGAAUCGCACCUUUGAAGGAAUUACAGGAAAUGUGAGUAUUGACGAAAACGGGGAUCGAAAUGCAGAUUAUUCUCUCUUAGAUAUGGAUCCAAAGACCGGCCUAUUUCAUGUGGUGGCCAAUUACUUUGGUGUAAGCAAACAAUUUGUAGAAGUUCCAGGAAAGAAAAUACACUGGUCUGGUGGCCGCCAGGGACCUCCACCAGAUAUUCCAACUUGUGGAUUUGACGGUUCCAAAUGUCUUGAUAAUGAUGUUCCUCACUACAUGGUGGUCAGUGCCGUUCUAAGCGUCUUAUUCCUGGUAUUUUGCAUAUUCUCCUUCUUCGCGUACAGACACUUUAAAUUGGAAGCAGAACUAGCGUCCAUGACAUGGAAGAUAAAAUGGGAUGAUAUUAUAACAACAUCUUCAAAUCAGCGGAAGGGACUGGGUUCUCGAAAAAGUUUAACCCGACUCAGUCAUAUGAGCGUAUGUUCUUCGGAUACUUUUGCUUUGACUGCUCCAAACAGACAGGUGUACAUCAGGACGGGGUAUUAUAAGGGUACAGUAGUAGCCAUUAAGCCUAUCAACAAAUCUCGCAUUGAUAUUACCCGCACCUUACUAUUGGAACUGAAAAGGAUGAAAGACCUGCAGCAUGACCACAUUGUUCGGUUUCUGGGUGCAUGCGUAGAUCCUCCUCAUUGUUGCUUAGUGACGGAAUACUGUCCAAAAGGUAGUCUACAAGAUAUCUUGGAGAACGAGGAAAUCAAGCUUGACUGGAUGUUCCGGUACUCGUUGAUGCAUGACUUAGUCAAGGGCAUGGCUUAUCUACAUAACAGUGAUAUUCGUACCCAUGGAAACCUUAAGUCAUCAAACUGUGUGGUCGAUAGUCGAUUCGUUUUGAAGAUCAAAGAUUUCGGGCUCCACAGUUUCCGAGUUUACGAAGAGAAUGUUGAUGAAGCUUCAUACGCCUACUGGAGAAGAAAGUUGUGGACAGCUCCUGAGUUGUUACGCAUGUCUAAUCCACCACCAGAGGGCACACAGAAAGGAGAUGUAUAUUCCUUUGCCAUCAUCGCUCAUGAAGUUGUUGUACGACAAGGAUGUUUCUUCUUAGGUCUAAUGGAGCUUAGUCCCAAAGAAAUUGUGGAGCUGGUAAAGAAAAAUGAUAAACCAUAUUUUCGUCCUUUGCUUGAAGAAGACUUGUGUGAUGAAGAGUUGGCCUACAUGAUCAAGCGUUGUUGGGCUGAAGAUCCGGCUGAGCGCCCGGAUUUCCAGAACCUAAAAUCCAUUAUCCGGAAGCUCAAUAAGGACAAUGAAAGUGGAAACAUCCUUGAUAACCUGCUGUCUCGUAUGGAACAGUACGCCACAAACCUGGAAUCACUGGUUGAAGAACGAACAGCAGACUACUUGGAGGAAAAACGGAAAGCUGAAGAUCUCCUCUACCAGCUUCUUCCAAAGUCAGUAGCCAGUCAAUUGAUUCGAGGAGAGGCGGUAACAGCCGAGUCUUUUAACUGUGUUACAAUCUACUUCAGCGACAUAGUAGGCUUUACGACAUUGUCAGCACAGAGUACUCCAAUGGAGGUUGUGAAUCUUCUCAACGAUCUUUACACCUGUUUUGAUUCAGUGAUUGAAAACUUUGAUGUGUACAAGGUCGAAACUAUUGGCGAUGCAUACAUGGUUGUUUCAGGGCUUCCUGUUCGAAACGGAAAUAAGCACGCACAGGAAAUUGCACGGAUGUCACUUGCACUUCUAAAUACAGUGAAAAAUUUCGAGAUUCGCCAUAGACAAGGAGAACAACUUCUCCUACGCAUUGGAAUUCAUACAGGUCCUUGCGUUGCCGGAGUUGUAGGCCUCAAGAUGCCCAGAUAUUGUUUGUUCGGUGACACUGUCAAUACCGCCUCAAGGAUGGAGUCCAACGGAAAACCCUUAAUGAUCCACAUCAGUUUAACAACUAAAGAGGUUUUAGAUCAGUGUGGAGGAUUCCAAAUGAAACUUCGAGGAGAAGUAGAAAUCAAGGGUAAAGGUAAAAUGACAACUUAUUGGCUGCUUGGUGAAGAUUCCCCUUCAAACUGAGGUGACUGAGGAUACGAAAUUUUUCAGAAAUGUCAAUUUUCCUACUUAAUCCCAUCAGAAUUAUUGACGUUUCCGUCCAAUGGCACAGAUAAAGAUAGCUUAUGACUCGACCUGACACGUUUUGAAGAACAUGAUCUCACAACCUUUAGUCAGUUGUUUAUUGACAAAUGUUAAUUUUGUAUGUUACAGUAAAAUAUUAGAACAUUUGCUUUAAGUGUGUUAUGUAAUGAAUGUUAACAUCAGAUCGCUUAAGGUUUCAUUUCCAAAUAAUCCAGAACAUCCUUAUUGAAAGAUGUGGAUCUGGCGUCAGUUAAAGACAGCUUUCUUUCUAGUAGCCUGUUAAGGACAUAUAUUUGAUUUAGAAAAAAGGAUGAUAGAAGAAAUUAAGGUAAGGUCAAAUAAAUACCGUUUGCGAGUGGGAUGUAUCAAUUAUAAUGUUUCUUUUACAGACUGCAUCUGCUCUAGCAUUCGUUAACCUUCGUGUGUGUUAUGUAUUAUUAUAUGAUAUGUAUGCUUUAGGCUGAUAUGGUACGUAUAUGAUAUGUAUGCUUUAUGCUGACGUGGUACGUAAACCUUGCCUAUGUAUUCCAUCUCAAGAAUAAUUGUGAUGUACUACAAAGUAAGUUGAAUUAUCUUAACUGGACACAUGAGAAAGUUCAAAUUAAUAUUUCGUGUGUGCCGUUACUGCUAAGAUAUAACACUGGCAUAGAUGUACAUAAAAAUCAAUUUCGCUCGACACAGUUCCUUUUAUGAUGUCAUAAAGAUAAUCACAAUGACGUUAUGGGAUCUCAGUUUCCAUGGAAACGAUACCUUUAUUUGUACAUCACUGAAUGGAGCUUUAUAUAAGUAAGUGGGAAAAAACUUAUUCACUUUAAUUUCGAUUUAUAAAUCUGCCUUUAUAUUUUUUGAUACUGAAAAAGUGCUUAAAGUUUGGUGCCGUAAAGUGAGCCUAAUAUGACUCAUAUUAAGUCCAUAAAAAUUAAACAUAUAUUAUAUCUUAAGUUAGUUGAAAAGCUGAACAGCCUCAAAAUCCCCAAAAAAUGCACAUAGCUCUAAAAAACACAAUAUAAAAGAGGAAAAUAAUUCUGUUUCCGGUCAUCUUGUGAUGUCGAUCUGAUGAUAAUGCCACAUUGAUCUAAUGGUUUUAUAAAUAUGGUUCAACAGGAAAUAAUUUAUGUAAGACCGAUUGUUUUAUAACUUAUUUGUUUGUUUAUAGUUAAGCACAAAGCUACAAAAUGGGCUAUAUAUGCUCUGCCCACCACGGGUAUCGAAACCCGGUUUCUAGCUUUGUAAGUCCGUAGACAUACAUACCGCUGUGACACUGAAGGGCUGUUUUUAUAACAACAAAUUCAGAAACUAUGACAAUAACUUUACUUAAAAAGCACUUAAGUUAUUCCUAUUUUUUUCCUGGCUGAAAAACACGUGUUUAUCAUCAGACUGAAAGAAAGUAAAUGGUUCCUUAGAGACUUCUUAACCUUUGGAUCAAAUAUACCAUGAUGGCGAUGGAAAAUAAUAGUAAUUAUUUAUUUUAAUAUUACAAAUAGACUUAUUUUUACUACAAUUAUAUAAUAUUCCCUAAGAAAGACGAAGUUCAAUAAUAAUAUUCAAAUAUUAUUACUUUAAAGUGUUUUAUAUGCAAACGAAAUAUUUUGUAAGAAUACAAAACAGGUUAACAAAGUUAUUAUAAAGUGGAACUGUAGCAUGUUUUGUUACAACGUUGUAUAUCUUUGAAUAAGACAAGAAGAAGAAAAAAGGCAGCGUGUUUGUAAUACACCGAAUUCUUAUGUAGGUGAGCCCAGGUGAUUUAGAAUACUUCAUUAUGACACGACAGGCCAGAUUCAAUUAUACAAUGACUAUUUAAAAGUAGUAAUUGGAUUAAAAGGAUGGCUGGUUUGGAUAAGAAUGUGAGGAUGUUAAUACACGGGAACGAUAUUCAUAUAGUGUUGAAGUACUGUCUAAAACUGAGAAGUAACUGGUGAUCUAUAUGACAGUGAUAACUAUUAUACAUCAUAACACUGACAUUGAAGUCGUUUAGGAUACAGAACGACACAUCAAUUAGGAUAUGCCUACUAUGAUUGAUAUAUUCACGAAUUUAAAAAGCUAGUAUGUGGCUAUAUUCAUGAAGUUGAAAAAGGUUAAUAGAUGAUUAUAUUCAUAAAGCUGAAAAUGUUUAGUAGGUGGCCAACAGUCUAAAUACAGUAUUACUUCGAUCAAACUCAAUUGUAAGUUUAUUCACUCGUUGGUCGAAAUUACCAGUAACUAAAAACGACCAGUACUUUUAUGGUAAAGUACUAAUGAUUGGAGAAAAUAUAACUUACUCGUUGCUCAUAUUAACAGAAUAAAUUGUUUGUAGUUGUCGUGAUUGAAUGUAUUGUGCCCAAUGUACUUAGGCUUUGAAAUAAAUGUAUUUUCUCUCUUUAAGCGAAAGACUUAAAGAAUCAGAA